AUGCAUAAAGUGAGGAGAAGACGUGUAGUUCCCGUUGAUGUUCAUAGUGAAGACGAGGACGAAUUCGAUGUUACCCGAGAAGAACUUGAACUAAGUGAUCUAUCUGGCUCAGAGGCAAGUUGCGAGGAUUCGGACAUUGAAAGCGAAAAUUCACACAGUGACGGUGAAGAAGAAAUCGGUAAAGAGACUACAA